AUGGGACAGCUUUUUCGCAAAAUUAUUCAGUGGAUUCCCCUCUUGUUUUUUGCGGGAUCCGUGCUACUGCAAUUCUUCGUGAUCCUAAGUGGAGCACGAACAACUGGAGUUCUAAAGGACUUCUAUUGGCUAGAGGUGGAGGGUACCGGUGCCAUUGACCCCCAGUUUGGAACCACCCGCUGGACGAACUACAGAAUGUGCAACUGGGAGAAUGACGAGUUGAGUAACUGUGAAGGUCCUCAGCCAGCUUAUCCUUUCUCCCCAGAUAACAAUUUUAGCGAUGGUGAAAACAGAGCGCUCAUUCCGAGCGACUUUAUCAAUCACCGAGACACCUAUUACUACCUUAGUAGGGUCGGUUGGUCAAUGCUUCUUGUGGGUCUGGUCUUUACCGUGUUUUCCUUCUUCAGUACUCUACUCAGAAUUUUUCUCAAGUGGAAACUGGUUUCGGGACUUAAUUGGCUCAAUUCGGUGUUUGCCGUGUUUUUCGUCGCUUUGGGCGCAAGUUUAAUGACAGCUGCAUACGUCAAAGGUCGCAAUUCGUUUAAUGACGCUUCAGAGUUCGAUGCCAGUUUGGGAGUGAAAAUGUUUGCGUUCCUAUGGACUUCAUUAGCUUUGCUGCUCCUGAGCUUGCCGAUAUUCUGUUUCAAGAAGCCUCUUUCGUCCUUCCACGGUGGUACCGGAACCGCCAGCCACGACGAUAGUAUCGAAUACAAGGAGGAUUACAUCCCUCCAGCUACAGGUGACGCCUACAACCCGGAACCAGCCGGCGACUACCCCCCUACUCAGAAGCGUAAGUUGAAUUUCUUCAAGAUCAACCGAAAAACGACCAUUGAGGAUUAG